AGCCCUUCACUCAGAUCCAGGCAGCCUAGAAAGCCACGGAGUCGAUACCAUUUCCUACCUCCCUAUACCGUGACUCAUGCGUCCAAAGUGACUCAUGUCCAAGUGCUUCAAGCGGACACGAACGGCUGUGCUGCUGGCGCUGGCUGUGCUGAUGUCAACCUUGGUGGCACAGCCCUCCACCUUCGCGGUCGCGCGGGGCAUUGACCACCCACCCGGCCCGGGUGUGGCGGGCGUCCAGCUUUUCGGAGGAAGGCCACCGCGACGUGGAGCGUUGUCUCGACAUGCAGCUACUUCUGCUGGAAGCGUGCCAGCAAAAUCUUUGCUGCCUAUCUCAUUGUCUGUCUUUGUCCAGAUGCUGGGCGAAGGCAUUGCCAUUUCGACCAUCCCUUUGCACCUCCUGAGCUUUGGGGCAACACCCCUGCAAGUUGGUCUCGCUACAUCCUGCUUCUCUGUGGCUCAGAUGGUUUGUUGCCCUGCUUUGGUAAGUGCCUCCAGCAAGUUUGGACGUCUGCGAGUAUUGAGGACAUGCUUGGCAGGGGCAGCGUUCGCUUCAAUGUUGAUUUCUUUGUCGAGCAAUAUUCCUGGAAUUCUGCUGGGGCGAUUUCUGGCAGGUGCUUUUGGUGCUUCAGUGCCUGUCGCACAGGCAGCCGUCACAGAUAUUGUGUCAGAGGGUGCUGCUACUGCGCUGAGCCGUGUAGCAGCUGCCGCGCAGUUAGGAGUUGUUGUUGGUCCUGCAGCUUCUGCCUUUCUGGCAGCGCUGUUGGGCAAGGCCUUUGGGUGGCCAUCGAGUCUCUGCGUGCGUGGAGUCUUCGGCCUCACUGGCAUAGCUGCUCUGAUGGUCUUGGGCCUAUCAAUGGUUGUAGCUCCAGGAGGUGGCAAAGCAGCACAAAGUAUUGCAGAUUCUUCUUCAGCGGCGCAGAGAGGUGAGGAUUUGACAACACAUCCAUUUGCUCAACCACUCCUCCGGAUGGUGGCUUUGGUGGUUGGAUGGUCGUUGACCUUGAGCGUCAGUACCUACUGCCUCUUUGCCAAUCGAUGCUUAGGCUACGACCAGCAGAAGCUUAGCUUGGUUUUCUCCACGGGAGCUGCAACAACUGUGCUGACUCAAUUGCUGUUGUUCCCAACAUUGGUUGGCCUCUUAGGCCCAAACCUGACCUGCUUCCUUGGCAUAUGCUGCGUGGCUCUUGGCCUCAGUGGCUUCUCGCUUUGCUGGCUUCAGCCAGGGCACAUGCUUUUCUACCUGCUGGUACGGAUGGGCAGUGGCUGUGCGGACACCUCUACAGCAACUUUGGUGGCUGAAAACUCUAAGCCCAAGGACCGAGCACAAAACCUCGGCUUUAUCACCUCCACUCGCGCAGCUACGCGGAUUGUGACGCCCAUUGUUUCGGCUGAUUUGUUUGAGGCUAGCUUGAACAGCCGUGCAGCCCCUGGUGCAUUGCCAUAUUUGCUGGCCUCCUCGUUGGCUGCUGGACUCAGCCCAGUGCCAUUGAUGCUGCGAGGGAAAAGUUGAAGCUGAGGGGAAAUGGUCGUCAGAGAUUGGAGAAGUGAGACUAAGUCAACCCUAUUCUUAGAGCCUAUGUCUAUGUGUUAUGAUAUGUCAUGCUGCAGCCCACAACUCAGGCUUUAUAGCAACAACAAUGUUUUCUACGAGGCCUUAGCCUGGGAGCUGAAAGACGUAGAACGGCUGCUGAAGGAAGAGCUCCAAGAUUUCAAAAAUGUGCAUAUUGAUCUGGAACCAUGGUGAAGAAGCACUCUCCAAGGACUGAAUGGCUAUCAAAUUCCUUCGCAGCUAUCCACGCAGUCCAGUAGACGUCCGAGUCUAGACUGACCUAAAGGCACAAUGCCAUUGGUUGAAGGAGAAUGAUGAUGACAGUGACGCUCCGCCUCUAGUCAUUUAGAGAGUUCUUAGAGAUGUACAGGAAUUUGGGCACAAGGUGUGCUUGGGCAUGGAUCAGC